GAGGCAUCUGCCGACUGCUAGAUGCACUUCUCUUCUUCUAUGUCGAGUUGAUUGCUCAUGAUUUUUAGCAAAUAUUGUUUUAGGUAUUGAUUGUGGGAAGCAUACUUGCUUCUUCAAGUUGAAGUUACAAUGAUGAUAGGAACUGUUUGUUCAAGGAGAAGUAUAUCCACAUUUUCUUGUUUAUGUCAGAGAAUUAAGCAGACAGAAAGUGAUAUUGUUAAAAUGUUUGAAAUCUCAAGGCCUAAGGCUGAAACAGAAGGUAUCCAAGAGAAGAGACCACCCUUAAGAAGGGGUUCUGUAAGGAUAUUGGAUGAGAGGUUCAUCAGGAUUCUGAAGAUAUUUAAGUGGGGUCCUGAUGCUGAAAAGGCAUUGGAGGUGCUAAAGUUGAAAGUAGAUAAUGAAUUGGUUCGAGAGGUUAUGAAAAUAGACAUGGAGGUCAGUGUGAAAAUUCAGUUUUUUAAGUGGGCUGGUAAAAGGAGGAACUUUGAACAUGAUUCUACUACUUACCUGACUUUGAUUCGAUGUCUUGAAGAAGCUGGGCUGACAGGUGAAAUGUGGAAGACGGUGCAAGAAAUGGCACGGAGUACAUGUGUUAUUACUCCUGCCGAUCUAUCCGAGACUGUGAGAAUUUUGGGCAGGGCAAAAAUGGUAAACAAAACACUAUCAAUAUUUUACCAGAUUAAAGGUCGCAAGUGCAAGCCAACUGCAACCACUUACAAUUCCAUUAUUUUGAUGCUGAUGCAAGAGGGCCAACAUGAAAAAGUUCAUGAGCUUUACAGUGAAAUGUGUAAUGAGGGCAACUGUUUCCCUGAUACAGUAACCUACAGUGCUCUUAUAUCAUCCUAUGCAAAGUUAGGCCGUGAUGAUUCUGCUAUUAGGUUAUUUGAUGAAAUGAAGGACAAUGGUUUACAUCCCACUGCAAAGAUAUAUACAACCUUGUUAGCAGUUUACUUCAAAAUGGGUAGGGUCGAACUGGCUUUAGCAUUAGUCAAUGAGAUGAAGAAGAAUGCUUGUGCCCCAACUGUGUAUACUUACACUGAAUUGAUAAGAGGGCUUGGUAAAGCUGGUAGAAUUGAGGAGGCGUAUUCUAUAUUUCUGUCCAUGCUAAAAGAGGGAUGUAAGCCGGAUGUUGUGUUGAUAAACAAUGUGAUAAACCUUCUAGGAAGGGGAGGACGUAUAGGUGAUGCUUUUAAAUUGUUUAAUGAAAUGGAAUCAUUAAACUGUAAACCGAAUGUUGUGACAUAUAAUACUGUUAUAAAAUCCCUGUUUGAGUCGAAAGCGCCAUUAUCCGAGGUUUCAUCUUGGUUUGACAGAAUGAAAGCAAAUGGAGUUGCUCCAAGCUCUUUUACUUAUUCGAUACUUAUUGAUGGGUAUUGCAAGAAAAAUAGAGUUGAAAAAGCCUUAGCUUUGCUUGAGGAGAUGGACGAGAAGUGCUUUCCUCCUUGUCCAGCUGCCUAUUGCAGCUUGAUCAAUAGCCUUGGAAAGGCAAAACGCUAUGAAGCUGCAAAUGAGUUGUUUCAAGAACUAAAAGAGAGUUGUGGAUCUAGCAGUUCUCGGGUAUAUGCUGUAAUGAUAAAGCACUUCGGGAAAUGUGGCCGUUUGACUGAGGCUGUCAAUCUUUUCAAUGAGAUGCAAAAGCUGGGAUGUUCUCCUGAUGUAUAUUCGCACAAUGCACUCAUGUCCGGGCUGGUGAGGUCAGGUAUGCUAGAUGAGGCUUUUUCCAUGUUUCGUAGUAUGGAAGAAAAUGGUUGUGCUCCCGACUUAAACUCAUUUAACAUAAUACUAAAUGGUUUGGCCAAGACUGGUGACCCACAGCGAGCGAUCGAGAUGUUUACAAAAAUGAAACAUUCAACAAUUAAACCCGAUGCUGUCUCUUACAACACCAUUCUUGGUUGCCUAAGUCGUGCUGGCAUGUUCGAGGAAGCUGCAAGACUGAUGAAAGAGAUGCGUGCCAAUGCUUUUGAAUAUGAUCUUAUUACAUACUCGUCAAUACUUGAAGCAGUCGGUCAUGUUGAUGAGGAUGGUACAUGUCAAACUUCAUGAGGGAGGUUUGGUAUGGGAAAUUCUUCUAGUUAGUGCUUUUCUUUAUUUACACUAUUUAGUACAUGGGAACCGUUUAAAUCAUCUUGGCCUGGCAAUAUACGCUGCUUUAUGUAGGGUUUUAUGAUGCUCUAGUAAAAUUGAGUGGCAAAUAAUUGCAGCAUUUUGGUUAUUCUCCCUGCUGGUGUUGGCUUCUGCAGAUAUGUGAUUGGAUUUUCACUUUGGGGUAAGGGUUUGAAGUGGUAUGUUCAGU